UUUUUCAUCGACAAAAUUGAAGAAAUUCUUACAAAAUUUACCUGCAAUUUAAGCUCUAGCUGGCCUCUUCAGAGGAGAAGUUAGGAGGUUGUAGAAGAAAUACUGCUGCUUCUUGAAUAGGAGGACUAGAAACAUCAUGAAUCAGAAGACUCCAAUCCAAAGAUGGAAUAAUAGCUUAGUAUCAGACGCAGGAUUUUGGUGUAGAUAGUGCUCAUCACUCUGAUGAUUCAUAUUCACUCGAGAUUCUAUUGGUCUUAACUCAAAAGGUAUUCUAGAAUUGCUACACGUAGUUCAUAAUUCAGAAGAAUCUGCAAAGUAAUAUUCUGAAACUGAAUAUCCUGUCAGACACAUCACCAUGCACAUCACUAUAGUCAACGAAAGCAUGAGCCCCUUCUGAAGUAAGUCUCCGAAGCCUCCUUCUUCUUGGUUAAAAAUGGAAUCAUUAUUGUUCCUUACCAGCUUAAGCAUAGUUUCUUCAGGGGAGGCAUUGUUCUCAUGAAAAGAUAAAGAAUCGUUCAUUUCAGGCUCUUCAAACUCAAAUUCUGAUUCGUUCUUUACUUCUCCAGGAGAAUCUGUUGAAAUGGCAUUAGAACUACUCUCUUUUAUGAUCUCUUCCUCUUCGCCAGUCUUAACACGCUUCAUACCUCCAAAAGAGGUAAUAAUGGUCAGUAGAUUCUUGACUUGAUCUUGUAACUGUCUCUUCUCCGCUUUUAAGACCAUGUUCUCCUGCUCCAUUUGAUUUGACCGUGCUUGGAUUUUCUGGAGCCUUGAUUCAACAGUCUCCAUUUUACUAGCUCUCUUAUCCCGAGCACGUAGGGCUGAUUCCCUAUUCUGUUGUCUCUUCCUAGCUUUCUUAUAUCCCUCCGGAUCCUUAUCAUAUUCAAAAGUUCCAUAUUGAUCGACAAUAACUUGGUUAUUUAUACUGCUCUUGCUUCUUUCUUCUCUUCUCAGAGGAUGGGUAAUUAGACGUAGUCUCUCCUGAGGCACUACUCUCGCUCUUCUGCUGCGCUUUGAGGACUCUUUUUCUGCCUCUUUUGGCACUUUUUCUAGAACUUUCUUCUGAAUUAGCGCUUUUGCGCUUUUCCCUGAUAACAUCUGUUUUUAUAACUAUUGCAGUUUCACUCAGUUUGUGACGGAUUUUGGUUGCACAAAGGCUUCCUUGUUCAUUGCUAUAGGGUCAUUUUCGUACUGGAUUUUAUAUGGAUUUUAAUUAGAUAAGUCAAAUGGGAGUCGGGUUUUUAGAAAAACAAACAAUUAUUCAUGAAUUUUGAUAAAAGUGGAAUGUCGUGGAUGGCAAGAGAAUUAAUAGAGGAAAGUGGACUUACUCAGCCAUUUCUAUAUCUUUGGAACUUUUUG